AGGAGAAACGGUGAUGGGGAGGGAUCCAAAAAAAACACAGCAUGGCGGGUGGGAGAGCAGCUAGAGAGAGGGUAGUGUGUGUGUGAGUGUGUGUGGAGGGGAGAUUCAUCCACUAAGGCAGAAGUUUCAGCUCUGCGCUCCACACACAGCCAGGACGGAGGACAGAAAGCACUAACAGGUAAAAUGUUGCUGCAUUCGAGCGUUCUGAUUGGCCUGCUGUGCCUGGGCCAGGCCGGCGGCGCCUGGGGUUUGGCCCGCCUGCUGGACAACGCAGAGCUGCGCUCGGCCUUCUCCGUGUCGCGCACUAACAGCAUGGAAGGUGGACCGAAAAUGACCGUGACCUUUGACAUGGUUUACGUCAACAUUGGCGGAGACUUUGAUGCCAAGGCGGGAUUGUUUCGCUGCCGCAUCCCCGGGGCGUACUACUUCUCCUUUACGGUGGGGAAGUUCCCCCACAAAGACCUGUCUGUGAUGCUGAUGAAGAACAGGAACGAGGUGCAGGCCAUCGUCUACGAGGAGAACGCCGGAGAGGAGAGGAAGGUGCAGAGCCAGAGCGUCAUGCUGCAGCUGGAGUUCGGGGACACCGUCUGGCUCCGUCUCCAUGGCGACCCCCGCUACGCGCUCUACAGCAACACCGGGCACUACACCACCUUUAACGGCUACCUGAUCUACCCCGACAUACAGCUACCAGACCCACCACCACCAGCACCAGACGACGGGAGAUCAGCCUUCUCCGUGGGCCGCACCCAAAGCAUCCUGGGAAUCGACCAGGUGGGGGUACCGCAGCACCGGCCGAUCAGCUUCGACACGGCUUUCGUUAACAUCGGCGAGGACUUCAACGUGACGGAGGGCGUGUUCACCUGCCGCGUGCCGGGGGCGUAUUACUUCUCCUUCAACGUGGGCAAGCUGCCCAUGAAGACGCUGUCUGUGAAGCUGAUGAAGAACCGCCUGGAGGUCCAGGCGAUGAUCUACGACGACAGCCAGGGUGAGAAGGCCCUGCAGAGCCAGAGCCUGAUGCUGGCGCUGAAACCAGGCGACGUCGUCUGGCUCUACUCCCACCAGAGAGACGGAUUCGGAGCCUACAGCAACCACGCCAAGUACAUCACCUUUACCGGUUUCCUGGUUUACCCCGACAUCAGCCCCAGCGCCCCCACCACUGCCACCACCAGCCAAUCAGCAGCCGCCAAGAGCCCCUAACUACAGCUGGGGGGCAAAUGACUGAGCAUCCUGGGUGGGAUUCAGGUUCACACCGCGAAAACACAACAUCUUACCAAGAGGGUUUGGUCUGGUUUCUUAUUACACUUGAAAUAAGACAGAACUAACUUAUAGAUUUUCAGCAAAAUUGGUAGCUUGUUUUCCGCAAUAUGUGAAAUAAUUCCCACAUGUGGAAUCCCAAAAAUUAAAAUGGAGCCAUUUUAUGUUCUUCUUUGCACUACAUUCAUCAAACUUUGGAUGCACAAUUUUAAAUAGACACCAUGUUGAGGCCAUGGAAGGUGUGAAAUAACUUUGGUGUUCUGUUGUCUGUAGUCUACAUUUCUAACUGUUUAUAUGAAAAUUGUCUCUUUAGGCAGCUGAUAGUAUGUAAUAUAGACACUUGAGUUCAUGAUAAAUGUCCUCUAGGGGACAGCAAAAGAAUAUUCUGUUCUAACAUUGAUGAAAAUGUUCUGGUCCUAAUGGCAGAUUAUUUCAUUUCAAACAAGACAUGACAUCCAUCAGUUGUAAUUUUUUUUUUUAGCAAUAUUCAUGAAUUAUUGACCUAGAACAAGCUCCUACAUCUUGUUGAAAAAUUGCCUGCAAAUUAUUUUUUGCCUUAAUUCAACUGUACUAAGAAACUGGGCAAAGCUACUUGGUAAGAUUUUGUGUUUUUGCAGUGAAAGUCACAGAGGGUAUCAGGAAUAAUUCCUUCUCAAACUCAAAGGAGUUUCGGACUCAGAACCUCAGAAAGAAUCUAUUUAGUUUAUAGCUAAUGGCUUCCCAUGCCAGGAGUCCAUCUCACUUGAGUGUGAAUAUUUCACUCUAUAAUGAAAGUUCCUCUAGGUGUUUGAUUAUGUUAGCAUUGGUGGUGGGCACCGCUAGCUAAAACGUUAGCUGUGCUAACCCUAAGGAGCUAGUCAUUACCCUUCUGCUAUUGGUGAAGUGCUACACCAACACGGUAUUUAGAGGGAGCAAAUGCUAAUGCGCUAACGUCAAUUCAUAUUAUAUCUGCCCUUGGAAGACUACAACGCUAACGCACCAAUUAAAUUGGACAUUAUAAUUUACAUAUUCUAGAAUUAUAUGUUGUGUUAUGUUUAUAUUUUUCUCUCAAUUUCCGUCUUUUGUUUGAAAUAAAGUCAUUGGGGAGCGGGGAGGGCGGGGGGAGAAGACUGUUCUUCGCCCACUUCAAAGUAAGAGCAUGAAUAUAAAGGUCUAACUACUUGAAGAGUUUUAAACUGUCAAUAACUAAAAGUUCAACACAUGUUGAACUUUAUUUAACUAAACUUUCCCAAACAGCCAAGUAAAUUAUUCCUUUAGAAUCUACAUGGACAAAUGAAUUUAGGGGAAGUGCGCUAAAUGUUUUCAGUUAGCAAAAGUGCUAAAUGAAACAUCAGAUCUGCUAUUAGCAGAAGGGUGCCCACCACUGGUUAGCACAAUUAUCAUCUAUCUGCACUUUACUAGAUAAUUAAUUCUGGUGAAAUUAGUCCGGUCCAGUCUAAUUAAAUACAAACUGAAACCAAUCUGGGUGCAGUUUUCUAUAACGGAUCAAUAAUAACUAUCAACAAAACAACAAAUGAAGUCUUGAAUUUCCAAGAAAAUUUAAGUGACACUAAAAUGAUAAUCAGCUGAUAUGCUUAAUUGUUACAGUCUCUAUCCACAACCGUACAAGAAAGUAGAGUUUAUUUUUAUCAUGAGUGAAAAGUCAUAAAAAUGCUGUAAAAUUAAAGCAUUUCUCUCCAAGGAUGAAAUCAUGUGAAAUAGAUUUACCAAAGAGUUGGACAUUCAUAAAUGCCCAUUUGUUCUGAUCAUUUCUGCAAAGUAAUUCCAAGCGAUUUAAGCUUCAGUGGUUUGAUAAAGAUGGAUAAUCAGAAUUUUCAUUCUCCACUGAAAUAUUCCUUGAAGUGUUGGCUUCCUGUCAAACGUUUGGUGUUUCUGCUUAUAAGUAAGACGUCUCUUUACUUGUUUUGUCAUUAACCGCAUGUAAAUUACAGUGAACCGUGUCGGGUUUUUGUGUCAAAAUGAGUGUUUUCUUUCCAAUAUUUGGGAGCUCGAUGUUGUCUCUUGGUCGCAGGGGGAGCGAAGGAUUCCAGGACAGAACUGACACAGAUUUGGAAGAAGAGCACGACUCCGUAUCCAUACAACUGUUGACCACAUGCCUCCUCUGGGCCUGCAGGGAUCUGGGACAUAAUUUGAUUUCUGAUUCUAGCAGCAUUUAUUUCAGGUCUUCAGAUAGAGCCCACUGGGGGGAAAAUUGAAUUGCUUCUCCCAGGCUGCAGUGAUGUGCAUAUCUAAUUUCACACCGCUGGGAAUAAGAUUAUACAGUUCAAACUGUCAUGAACCCUUCCCUUAUCAAACAACCCUAUCCUCUGGAGGACCGCGGGGGUUCAACUUUAGUUUUGUUGAACGUUUAGAUGUUUUUAUGACAUUGGUUGAACAUUUAUGAGAAGCAAAUGUUGGAAAAUGUAUGAGAUGCAGAGCUCUGACUUUACUCCAGUCAGUCAGUAUUUGGCAAAGGAAAAAUGAGUUAGAGUUAGGAAUCAGCAGCGGGAAACAUGUUGGGAGAGCGUUCCACAGAUCUGCAGGAAACUGUUUGAAAAUGUAUGCUGCAUAUGGAAAUUUCACCCGGUUUUAAACGAGACACCAUUUCCAAAUCAGGCUGGAAAAAAGGUGCUUGCUGUGAUUCCUGUUAGAAACCAUAAAGGCAGGAACCCUUUAGCAAAGCAAACCACUGAAAACUCAUUUCCUCUGGAUGUAUUUGACAGAAGGAGUGGACUAAACCUGAAAACAUCUUUAUGUCUAAAGAUAAUAUGAAUUUUCCAGUCUCACUUAUAGCUGAUUUCCAAAGCUGUAAAGCGGCAGCGACUUUUAGGAAACAAACUUGUGGUUAAUUUUCUCUCCCAGUAAACUGAGUUUCUCCUUUAGUCUCAGAAGAACGCUCUCUCCAUCUCAGCCUCAGCGUGAGAGCGAACCCAGAUCCAUUCAGCCGGCCCGAUGCAGCUCAGGAAAUCAAGUUUGUUCUGUCCACAACCCUCCAGAACCAUCCAAAACCCACCAGAACCUUUAUGAUCCCUACAGAACCCAUCUAGAAUCUUUCCAGAACCCUCCAAACCUACAGAACAAUCUAGAAAACUACAAAAUCCUUCAGAAUCUCUCCAAAACCCAUCCAGAACCACCUAGAACCCCUGCAGAAUCUCAAGAACUCCCAGAACCCUCCGGAACUUAUCAAGAACUUCCAAGGCCCAUCCAGAACCCUUGGUGUGUGCAGCACUCAGAGACUUGUGUUAUGCAUGCAUGUAACUGAAAACAAAACAUCUGAGGAGAAAAGUUUUCUCAUGAUCGCAUGUCCAGCUUGUGUGUGUUAUGUGUACAGUUCCUGUUUCUGAUGCUUUAGGUCAAAAAUUAUGUAUUUAAAAAUAAUUAUACAUAUAUAUAUAUAUAUAUAUAUAUAUAUAUAUAUAUAUAUAUAUAUAUAUAUAUAUAUAUAUAUAUAUAUAUAUAUAUAUAUAUAUAUAUAUAUAUAUAUAUAUAUAUAUAUAUAUAUAUAUAUAUAUAUAUAUAUAUAUAUAUAUAUAUAUAUAGUCAAAACGUGGUUCAGUUCUAAUUUCUACAGUUUUCAAAACAGUUUUGUCGUGCCAGAAAAAAUCCCUGGAUGAUAUUUUGACUCUUGCUGUCUUCUGUCCUCCAACUAUUUGAGAUGUUAAACGGAUUUUUACAUGUAAAGUGAAUGCGACGGAAGAAAAAAAAACGUUCGUUGAAAUAAACGAAAGAGGA